GUUUUCAGGUCAUAUGACCAAAUUGAAGUCGUAUGAUGCAAAUUGUCCACUGACUGAACCGACACUGUGUACGGAGGAAACAUUUUUGUACGGUAUGUGUCAGCGGGACGUUAGGUAGCUUGUGGUGACCCACACGCACCAUGCAUGUACCUGCCCCUGCUCACAGUCCCAUCUGCAGCUGAGCCUCCUCUCAGCUUAAGCUUCAGUGUCCUCCCUGCAUCACCAUGGAUCCUGACCAGCAGACCAGCCCUCUUCCCCAGCCCAGCGCUGAAUAUUUUCAGUGGGACUAUCGCCUCCAGCUUAUUGGCCUUGGAUUUGGCUUCUAUACAGCAAUAUUCCUCCUCUCUCACCUUCUGUCUGUGGCUCUGUCACGCACCUACAACUCCCUAUUAGCUAAGGAGAAAGUUUUCUGGAACCUUGCAGCCACUCGGGCAGUAUUCGGCAUCCAGAGUACUGUAGCGGGUCUCCGGGCCUUGACUGAGGACUCUGUGUUAUCCAGAGACAGGGUGACUGGCCAAGAAGACUGGUCGUGGUUUAAUGUCCUCACAGCCACGGGUUUCUUCAUGUUUGAGAAUGUAGCACUUCACACCUCCAGUAUGGUGUUUUGGUCAUUCGACCUCCCACUGGCGACACACCAUUUCUUCGCCCUGUCAGGGUAUGCAGGGGCGGUGGUGUGGGAUUCCCUGGGCCACUUCCUGCCCAUGGUUACGCUGUUGCUGGAGAUGAGCACACCAUUUACUUGUAUAUCCUGGAUGUUACUGAAGGCUGGCUGGGCACGCACCCUGAUCUGGAGAGCCAACCAGUGGGUGAUGAUCCACAUGUUCCACUGUCGGAUGGUGCUCACCUACUACAUGUGGUGGGUCACCUUGACCCACUGGGGGGAGAUUAGCACACACGUGCCCCUGCCCCAGCGCUUACUCUUCUUCACUGGCCUUGCUCUGCUCACAGUUAUCAUCAACCCCAUCUGGACUCACAAGAAGACCAUGCAGCUGCUCAACCCUGUGGACUGGAAUUUUGGCAGCAAACCGGCUCCCCUAAACGGUGCCGUGGAAGGCCAGUCUGUCAAACCUCAUGGGAACUGAUGGGUUAUCAAGAAGGUCAUUUCUUAUCUGAUUGAUGCCUUUUUUUUAAAACUUGUUUUUCUUUCUUUAUGGAUAUGUGAAGUGACUUUUAGAGUGAUGACAACAAGAUGGAUAUUUUUAAGAUUUAUUCCAUUAGCUUAGGACUUUUUUACACUUAAUACAGGUUUAGUACCACCUAGAUAAAUGUUGCUACGUUGCCUUCCAAGCCUUUACUUUCAGGUAAUUUUCAUGUUGGUUUGUUUCUGAUCAUCUUAAGAAAAGAACAUCUAUUUUCCAUCUGGUUAAUAGGGUAGGUGUGGUUGUGUAGGGCAGUGGAACGGGGCCCUGCUUGUUUGUGUCACCAGGACACUGUGUUGUAAUAAAAAAAAGAAAAAUAAUACAGGGUAGCAGAUCUUACAAGAGCCUUUCCAUAGCAAUAAUGCAAAAUGUAAAAGAAAUCUAAGACUCCCAAAACGUUUUGAAGUGACUGUACAUCUAUAGUGUUAAAAUACUUACAUCUGCUUCUGGUUUGUUGCUGUUGUUAGUGAAGUGCAGUCAUCCUGUCAGGUAAAAGAAGACUAGUAGCAACAUGUUGUGUGCUUGGGGAUACGAUUUGAGGGAGACAGGAGAGGUUAUGCUCCUUCUCAGUAGUCAUCAAAUGACUCAGUAGUAAAGUCACUUCAAGAAUGUGGCCUUUGUCAUCUGUAGCACCACUGGUACUUUUACAGCAGACACUGUUAUUCAGCACUGAUUAGGCAGCAUAGGCAAGAAAACUGAGUUAAGUUUAAAGAAGGAGGUUCUAUAGGUUUGUCAUUGGAGCUAUUACAUACUAAGUGGGUAAUUCCAUCAGUCAAAUCAUGAGUCACAUUUUGGUUUUAUCGUAAUCAUGAAACAGAAGGCCUUUAACCAGAUUUUCUUUUACCAGGAACUGGAUCGCUCCACAAAGGCUUUUUUGUCCAAAAUGGAGAAUGUAAUGUGGCAAAACUGAAGCCGUAUUGAUACAGAGUAACCAUACAACAUGUUCAUCAUUCUCAUUUUUGGUUUCAUGAGUGGGAGGAAUUUAAAUUAGAGAUGUUUUAAAGUAGAUUCUUAUUUCUACCUAUUAAGCUGCAUCAGUAUUUCAGUAAGAUGUUUGUUUUGUGUUUUUCCAAACAAUGGCUUCAUUGUGCAUGCAUUCUUGGCCUUUAGUGUUGGGUUUGUCUGUUGUCACGCAUCUGGCGCAGGAACUUUUCAUUCAAUUGUCUCUGCAAAUGCUGCAAACUUUCAGAUCCUUUAUCAUCUCUCACUUUUCCCAGUGUUUUGGCUGUAAUGGUAUUGCUACUGUAGCUCAUAUUUAAUAAUGUUAAUUAGCUCUAGAUUUUUAGACAUUUCAGUUUUUGUUUUUUUAAUCUUGUGUGCAUUUCACAAUGACUGGAUUGACAGAAGAAAUGAAAUCUAUUUACAGCCAAUUUAAAGUAUUUUCAUCAGUUCAGUUUUAAAUGGAUAUAAAUUUAAUUAUUAAUUCCCUUACUUCUUCCUUACAUCUGAUCUUAUUAUAAUAUUUACUACAAAAGUGACUAACAUCAGACAGUGUUGUGUUUACACUUGGUAUUUCAUUUUUUAAUAUGGCAUAGAAAUACUGUACUGUAACAUUAUGGGAUGAGUGUGGAGAUUCCCUAUAAGCUCUGUGCCAUUCAGUAUCCUGUUUGUGUUGGGAAAUUCAAUGAUUUGAGUUAUUCUGAGUUGCAUAUUAAAAUGUUAACUCAGAUACA